AUGGCAACAGCUCAAGAUCCUGUGCAGGCAGACAAGGCGGCUUCCAAUCGGUACUCGACCGGCAAAGUUUGGCUUCUGAUGACCGUAGUCAUUGGUCUCGGUCUCGCCAACGCCUUCGGGGCCCUGGGCGGAACUAUCCUGCUCGGUCCUACCAUACAAAAAGACUUCGACAUGUCAACGGAUGAGCUGCAAUGGCUCGGAACGUCAUUCUACAUACCUCUAGGAUGCUUCUCGCUCGUCACCGGGAAGCUCGCCGACAUAUUUGGCGGCAAGCGCAUGUGCUUACUUGGCAUGGCGAUCUUCACAUCUUGUUCGGUCGCUUCUGGAUUCGUCAAAUCGAUGGAGCCGUUGUUUGUCUGCCGUGGAUUGUCGGGAUUGGGCAGUGCGAUGGCCUCCACUGCUGGAUAUCCGAUCAUCGCUGACAUAUUUCCCGAGGGCAAUGGGCGAACGCUCGGUCUGGCCCUGUACAUUGCAGCCUGGCCGACAGGAGUCGGUCUCGGGACUGUCUGCGCAGGUUUUGUUGCCUAUGAUGACUGGAGAAAAUAUUUUUACCUCCACGGUGGUCUCUGUGGCGCCGUCAUCUUGAUGGUGUUGAUCAUCCUGCCCGAUCAGCAUCCGGAUCAUAUCGACUUCCUUGGUCAGAUCGACUGGGUAGGGAACGUUCUAGUGACUGUAGGAGUAUUCCUUCUGCUCUACGUGCUCAGUAUGGCUCCAGGAGCGAAGGACGGCUGGGGUACACCUCACAUGAUCGUGCUCCUCAUUCUGGCGGUUCUGGUCCUGGGGGCGUUCGUUGCGUGGGAGUACUGGAUCGAAAAAAGGGGUCGCACUCCGCCUCUAUUACCUCUGGGAGUGUUUACGCUGGAUCAUGGCAGAGUGUCUAUCCUAUGUCUCGUUGCUCCCUUCAACUUUAUCGGUUUCUCGGGCUUUAUGCUCUUGACCACAUUGUAUUUCCAGGAAUACCUCGAACUCUCUCUCAGGGACACAGCCCAACACUUCAUUCCAGGACCAAUCAGCGGAGCCUUCUGCAACAUCCUGAUCGGCUUUAUCGCGCCUAGAGUUCGAACCCAGUGGAUUUUGGCCGUCGGUGUAUUCGUCAGUGGAUUAUCCCUACUAUUGUUCGCCGCGAUGCCAGUCGGAGCAUCAUAUUGGGGCUACACAUUGUUCGCGAUGAUGUUUUCAGUGGUCGGCGGGGAUUUUGCGGGAUCAGCAGGAUUGAUCUAUAUCACUCAGAUGGUCAGGGGGCCGACGUCCGGGAUGGCUGGGGGACUUUUCAACACAGUCGUACAAUUCGGAAUGAGUAUGGGCCCAUGCAUCGCAACUCUGAUCUUCCGAUAUACAUCUGAAGCUCAUGCAAGGCCGCGCUCCAACCUGAGUUACGAUGACGAUGCUUUCCCGAAAGACAGCUACCUAUACGGCCUCAAACGGGCUGCUUGGGGAAUCGCUGGGAUGUGCUUCUUCGCGGCUGCCAUCACGCCUUUCGCGUUGCGAGGUAUGGGCCAUCCUCGAGACAGUUGCAAAGCACACGUCGAGUCGAUACCUCCUCACGAACAGCCAUCGGUUUCGGCGUCAGAGUCACUCGACGAGGAAAAACGGAUCGAGUACCGCGAGGCUCUACCCCAAUUGCAGAAGUCGUGA